AUGCAAGAAAUUCCAAAAAAAUUGGUAGAAAGACAUCGUUGUUUUACGUGUUCGUUAGACACUUCGAAAAAAGUGAAUAUAUUUGGCAAAUCUUCAAUAGAUUUUGGUGAUAUCAUAAGAUCAUGCCUUGGUGUUGAUGUACAUAGUUAUUCUGCACAACCUGGCUUGUUUAUUUGCAAACCCUUUUGCUACAAGAAACUUAUAAAAGAAACUCAGCGCGCUUCUGAGCAUUUGGAAGAAGUUAGGAAGGAAAUACUAGAAUCAUUUCAGAACAGAGAACAGCCGAGAAUUAAGCGACAAAUCGUAGAGGAGUCGAGGACGCUGAUAAUUGUGAUGAAAAUCAAACUGUUCUCAAUCGCGCGGCAAAAUCACUAA